GCCACGUCAGGGGAGUUUCCCGAGGCGGGUUGGGCCGGGCUCGGCCUUUCUCCACUCUCUCCGCCCCCUUGCUCCGGCUGCCGGAGACACUGCGCAGGGAGCGGUGCUCGCUGCCAUGGAGGCCCGCUACAACCUCAAAAGCCCGGCUGUCAAACGUUUAAUGAAAGAGGCUGCAGAACUUAAGGAUCCUACAGAUCAUUACCAUGCACAGCCUUUGGAGGAUAACCUUUUUGAAUGGCACUUUACUGUCCGAGGCCCUCCAGAUUCAGAUUUCGAUGGAGGGAUUUAUCACGGGCGCAUAGUAUUACCCCCUGAAUAUCCCAUGAAGCCACCCAGCAUUAUUUUGCUGACGGCCAAUGGCAGGUUCGAAGUGGGGAAGAAAAUUUGCUUAAGCAUCUCAGGGCAUCAUCCUGAAACAUGGCAGCCUUCAUGGAGUAUAAGAACAGCUUUACUAGCCAUUAUUGGAUUUAUGCCUACCAAAGGUGAAGGUGCAAUAGGAUCUCUGGAUUAUACACCAGAAGAAAGAAGAGCUCUUGCAAAGAAGUCACAAGACUUCUGUUGUGAAAUGUGUGGCACAUCGAUGAAGACAGCCCUCUUGCCCCUAACAUCUGGAAGUGUGUCAAGCCAGGCAGACAAGGAGGCUAAAGAACUUGCCAGACAAAUUAGCUUCAAGGCUGAGGUUAAUUCUUCCAGGAAGUCUGAUGCUGGACCCUCAAGCACGUCAGAGCUGAACCUUUCUGCCACUUCACAUGAGCACCAGCAGGAUGGUGCAGAAGGAACAUUUCAGGAUCCAACAAGUGCAACGCCUGAAGCUCAGAGCAGCAGUGCAGCAGCCAGUCAAGAGCAUACUCCAGCUGUGCCCACAAACACAUCUGUGAGCCCUCGGCAGCGCCGUGCCCAGCAGCAGAGCCAGAGAAGGGCUCCGUCUUCUUCCGACUUUAAUCGGGUGCAGCAGCCAAGGGUCAACACAAACCACACUGGGUCAACUCUUCUGAUUGUCCUCCUGACUUUUGCCUUGGCAGCUCUUAUAUUUCGUAGGAUAUGUUUGGCUAAUGAGUAUAUAUUUGAGUUCUAAGGUUGUUUCUGUCAUGACAGCAGCGACUUGAAUGCUUCGCUGAACAUUCUCUGCUGGUUAUGAUGGGAGAACUGUUUACAAAGGUUACUUUUUGUAUUUACACUUCAAUCCUUAUGAAUGUUGAUGUACCUACAGAUACUUUUAAGAAAAGCAAAGUUGGAUGUUUAACUACAACAAGUGUUAGCUGAGUGCCUACCAGAGACUUGGAGAAAAAGUGCAGUGGAAUGGUAGCAUUCAGGCGUGUAGGAGGGGAGUCAAUUUGGAUAAUUUGUCAACUAGAAAAAGACAAUUUUAAAAAAAGUGAUUGCUUCGCUUUUUUGUGGAACAUAAAUUGAAUGAAUCACCCCUUGUAAGUUAUUUUAAGAUUUGGAAAUGGAGAAGGAAUUCUGAAAUGAAACACUACUAUGUGUUUGUGUCCAGUGAACUCUUAAUUUAGAGUUGGUACAGUUUUAUAACCACUUUUAUUUACCAUGACAAAUUUCUAGAGGGGGAGCACAUACAAAUUGGUUGUGAUGCUGCUUUGUGUGUGUGGUUGGGGGAAAGGAGUAGAAGGGAGAAAGAAAGGGCCAGAAAAACUACUUAUAUUAUUUUGGUUUUUAUUUUUUUAGAAGAAAGAUUGGAUAAUCUUAUGCAAGAUUUGAAUGUCCUCUUCUAAUAUUCUCAAUUGUAUAUUUUGGUUUUUUUUAAAUUUGAAGAUUAUAUAAAACAUGUCUAUUCUUGCAAUAGUUAUAAAUAUGUAAUAUAAUUAUUUACCCAGAGCUAUUGUCUUUUAAUUAUACCAGAAAUAUACAUAAUGUGUUAAACUGAAUGUUUCAUAUGAGGUUUUAUUUACUAAAGAAAACACUUAAACUCUCAUAUAUGUGAACAUGCUUAAGAGAAAUAUUUAUUAAAACCUUGGUAGUAAUAAAGAAUUCCAAGCCAGUCUUUGGUUAUGUUUCAAGUAUCACAUUGCCUUUUGUUUGCUUGGGUUGGGUUUUUUUUUUUGUUUGUUUGUCAUCCCCCAUGCCCCCUGUCUUUUAAAACCUAAAGUCAUUGUUGGACCCAGAGGCUUCAUAUGUUAUUAGUUUAUUUUAAAAUCCCAAUUGGUAAUAUUCAUGCAUGAUGUGAAAUUACAUAUAUAGGCAAGAGACCUACAAUUGGAAUUUUGAGAGGUUUUGUCUUGAAAGCUUAGGUGUUGCAGUGAAGUAGAAGGAAGCAGUCAGUGGGAUAUUUUUUCUCUUAUUAUUCAGUUUUAAAUGUAUUCUGGCACGUUUAUUUCAAAGACAAAUUUCCAUUUUCUGCUGUAAAACAUCAUAGCACUGACGUAAGUGAAAUUCUCAAGUUUCUCAGCAAGUAUUCAUCAGGCUACCCACAGCUUUCCUAAAUUUUGUUAAAUACAGUACGUACCAGUGUUUGGAAUCACCAAAGUAGCUAUAGCUACUUGUAAAAUAAGGAAGUGCAAUUGAGUGCCCAAGGGGGAUAUGGAAGCUUGAAAAAAUCCCAAACUGAAAUACUUUUUAGACCUUGUGGGUUGCUUGCUGAUGAACUUGUUUGCAGGUACAGCGGAACAAGGACCAAAGAACAGAUUUUCUGAAGUUCACACAAAGGUAUGUAGUUUGCUCAGCAGAUAAUUACACAUUCUGCAGAAUAACUUGAUGACAAUACGUUAUUUGUUUGUUACCUAAUUUGUCUCUUUAUUUCAUUAGAAAUUAAAAACAAACAAACCACAUACACACCCUCA